AAAGAGAGAGGCGAGGAAGCAAGGAAGGAAUGAAGCGAGGGAGGAAGGAAGCGAGGAAGCAAGAUGGGAAGCAAGCGAGGAAGGAAAGAUGCGAGGAAGGAAGGAAGCAAAGAAGGUAGGAAGCAAGAAAAGAAGAGGCGAGGAAGAAAGGAAGGUAGGAAGCGAGGAAGGAAAGAAGCAAGGAAGGAAGGAAGCGAGGAAGGAAAGAAGCGAGGAAACUAGGAAGGAAGGAAGGAAGCAAGGAGGGAAAGAAGCAAGGAAGGGAGGAAGCAAGGAAAGGAGGAAGCUAGGAAGGAAGGAUGCGAGGAAGGAAGUAAGCGAGGAAGCAAUGAAGGAAGGAAUCAAGGAAGGAACGAAGCGAGGAAGGAAGGAUGCAAGGAAGCGAAGAAGGAAGGAAGUGAGGAAGCAAGGAAGGGAGGAUGCAAGAAAGGAAGGAAGGAAGCAAGGAUGGAAGGAAGGAAGCGAGGAAGGAAGGAUGCAAGAAUGCGAGGAAGCAAGGAAGGGAGGAAGCGAGGAAGGAAGCGAGGAGGGAAGCAAGGAAGGAAGCAAGAGAUAAAGGAGGGAAGUGAGGAAGGAAGGAAGCAAGGAAGGGAGGAAGCGAAGGAAUGAAGUGAGGAAGCAAGGAAGGAAUGAAGCACGGAAGCAAAGAAGGAAGGAAGCGAGGAAGGAAGGAAGCAAGGAUGGAAGGAAGCGAGGAAGGAAGGAUGUGAGGAAGCGAGGAAGGAAGCCAGGAAGCAAGGAAGGAAGGAAGCGAAGAAGCAAGGAAGGGAGGAAGCGAGCAAGCAAGUAAGCAACAGGAGAUUGAUAUAGGAAUAAUAUUCAUAAACAUUAUUCUGACUAAAUCAUUUUAGGUUGACCUAAACGCA